UGAGACGAUAAUUUAGUCCUGUAGGUUUGAUGCAGUUUUAGAUUAUUAGUGAAAAUUGGCGCACACAGGAAAUAAAAUACAUCAAAAUUUAGCCAGAAUUUCGUCUAUGAGUUGUUGACUUGAACUUUACUUUGAUCAAAGCUCCAAUGUUUUGUCUAUCCUUGCAUGUUAACGACGAACGCGUGAUAUCUAGCACAUAAAUACACGAGAAAGCCAAAUUUGAAUAUGACUUUCUUGGUUACUAUGGUUACACCUCUUGAACACAAGAUAGUAUUUUUGUGCUCGGCUCCAUUUCUGACUUGAUCUACUUGACUCAUCAUGACAUUUUACUUCUGUAUCCUAACGGUAGUUCCUCUCUUGUGCCACAUGCUAUUAGCCCAAGAAAACGUGCAGCAAUUCAAAUAUGACGGAUAUCAAAACACAUUCCCCCUUGAUGACGUUCGUUCGUCGUCCCAUGAUGUGGGUAACGUGUCUACCAGUUUAGACCAAUCAACAAAGAAGUGCUCCAACCUGUGUUCCAUUCAUAACUGGUGUGGAGCCUUUUACCUAUCUUCGGAAUAUGAUGCUGAUAAGGGAAAGUGCCAUUUGGUCCUUCGAGAUGAUGCGGAUAAAAUUGAGACCUUGGCAAUCGGACCUGGACACGUUUACUAUAGAAAAGAAACCAUCGGUGACCAGGUUUCUAUCAGUCCCAUGGACCCAGUUCUAAUUCCAUAGUGUAUUUCUAAAUCUUGAAAAAUCAAUUUGUCUUGAAAUGGUUUUUGAAAUACAUCAAGUCACUUGCA